AUGGAGGAUGGCGAGGAUGUUACAAUGCCUGCAAAAGAGGAUGAUAUGCAAUAUGAGCAGGAAGAUUACCAACAUGAGCCAGUCAAAUACAACCAUGAUUCACAAUACGUGACUGAAACACGGACUGUCAUGAUUUCUCCAAAGACGCCGGGCGGAGAAUAUCGAUUGGCAAGAGAGACAAGAACUUUUCUGCGAGAGCCUUCAACCCACAGAAAUGUCACAGAAGAUGUCGCCGCAACAAUUGCAGAAGUUGAGAACGACGUGACUCAGAUUGGCCGCAAUCACCCGGAUCUCAGAUAAAUCGAACCACGCAGGCGCCGCUCCAAACCACGCAGGUGACUGCCCACCACGCAGGCAACGCGUCAAGACCACGCAGGCAACCAAAAAGCACGCAGGUGACGCCUAGAAACCACGCAGGCGACUCAACGGUGGGCAGCUGUGGGCAGUGGCUGCAAAACCACGCAGGCAACGCCUACAAACCACACAGGCAGAUAACAAAGUUCGCGAACAAACAUUUCCAGCAUCCCAAUUUUUAGCACUGUAAUUAUUCCAUAUUUUUGCGUUAUUCUUGAGAUUUUCUGCGUUGAGGAAGAAAGGUACCGCUUCAAAUGGAUCAGAAUUUGUACUAUUGUGUGCCUAGAAAAAGGAAAUCGGCAAAAUCAAUUAUUUCUCGGGCUCAAGAAGAAUCUAAACGAUCAAAACGACAAGAGAGUGGAAGUAAUGACAUAGAAAAUGGAAAUAUUGUAGACGGAUCAAUUGAUGAUACUAUUGAAGAUGAUGUAGUAUCUCCACUUUUGCCGGACAGAAAUUACACAUAUGCAAAUACCGACAAUGACAGCAUCAAAUCAGAUGAACGGUGGUCAGCUCUCACAGAAAAUUAUCUUCAUAAAAUGGACUUCCUACUUCAUUCUACACAAUCCAAAACAGCAAUUAACGCAAAUUUCUCGGCUCACGAUAUUUCGAAUGAGCAUGUGAUGAGAAGUAUUCUGUUUGAAAAAGAUUAUUUUCACAAAGUACAGGGAUGCGACAAUUGCAAACGUUUCAUCGAACAAACAACAUAAUGUGCAGGAGAUCUUCAUAGCUGGACUAAAACCAAUGAGAUGUCCAAUCGCAAGAUUGAUCCAGAACGCGGCAAACUUUUGGGUGGCCGCUACAAUUCCUCCAGAGCUCCUCCACACCUUCAGUAUCCCCCCAAUUCGGUGAAUCAUCAGAUUUUUCCAGGAAGACUUCUCAAUUGGCCUAUCAACGUUCUUUACAAUAUUCUACAUAUUGUAUCCGGAUUCGAAGGACAGUUCCCGAGUGCGGAUUUUGGAGAUAUUUUCUCCCGACAGGUGGACCAAAAAUUCUUGAACGCACGAAGAAAGAUGAGCCAGGAAAAGGAAACACCAUCACACUGA